AUGGAACACUCUACGACACCCUCCAUAUCAGUCAACAGCCGCCGUAUUGGGGGCGGAGAACGCUACCGCCACUCUCUUCAGCCUCUUGGUCUUCAGCCUCUCGGUGGUGGACGAAAACAAGGUUCGACGAUCGGAGCUGGGGUUUACAUUCUUGUGGGUACAGUUGCUAAAGAACAUUCUGGCCCUGCUUUGGCCUUUUCUUUCCUUAUUGCUGGUAUAGCAGCUGCUGUCUCUGCCUUUUGUUAUGCUGAGCUUGCAAGUCGUUGCCCUUCAGCUGGAAGUGCCUAUCAUUAUUCCUACAUCUGUGUUGGAGAAGGUCUUGCUUGGAUAAUGGGAUGGGCGUUGAUUUUGGAAUAUACAAUUGGAGGAUCUGCCUCCAAUUCAGUUCCAAAUCAACAACCAAAAAGAACUCAAAUCUGA